AUGAUGUCACAAAACAGUCAAGUUCCAGAAAAAAACAAAAAUGUGCAAAAACUCGAACAUAUGGGAAAAGGUAGAACGUUAAAAGCAUCAAUGAAAUCGAUAAACGCUGCAGUAGGUAAUAAAGAUUCGAUUUUAAGUUCUAUAACCACAACAACGGAUGUUGCUGUCACCGUUACUAAGAUGAGCUCUUCGAUAAAGAAAAGUAAUGACAAUAAAGACGGCUUACAAUCAAACGAUCAAGCAUUGAUUAAAAGUUCGUCGAUCGUUGUGACGAAUCAGACAAGUACUACGUUUUCUAGCAUGCGAAGAAUUAAUAGCUGCAUCGGUAAAGUGAGUCACGAAAGUACUGGAACAGCACAGGAUUAUUCCGUAAAAAAGUAUUCUAAAGAAAUGGAUUCGAAAUUAAAUAAUUAUCAAAUGCAGCAGGAUUAUAAUGAAAAGUCUGUAACUAAUCAGGAUUACAAAAAUCGAAGUAGUAACACGAUGACCAAUUUGCCUAUAAGAUUUUCUAAUCAAACGUCCAUCCAAGCUUUGCAACGAGAAAAUCAUAUGACUUCUAAUGUGCAUUCUCGUUCAAUGUCUAGAAACGAUAAUACAGCAUUUUCGGCAGUAAGAAAGGCCUUGGAGCAACAAAAUUCAGCAGUGACAAUGGCACCAAUUAAUUUUCCUCCAUUGCGUGCACCACAGAGCAUAGUAAACGUGCGGCAUCCGUCUGUAACCGAAGCUAGAAUAAAGCACAACGAGAUGAGCACUUCCAAUAUGAAGUCAAAAUUGAACGUACCAAGCUCUUUGCACGAAAGUGGCAUGAAAGAUUUGAAACAAAGCGAGCCAAUUUUUCAUAAUUAUGAUACCUCGCAAAUUGCCAGCGUCCCGAAUGUUCAGAAUAUAAGUAACGUUACGGCAAACAUUUCGACAUACCAUACGCCCGAUUCAUAUCCUCAGCCGACCGUUGCUAACGUGCUGUUCCCAGAAACAGCACAGUUUCCUCAAUCUUCUCCAUUCAGUACGCCGCAAAUUGGUCAACUAAAUCAGUAUCAAACUUAUGAUCCUGGUAAUUUUGCUUCAACUUCGGUGAACGUUAAUCCGGUGAUUCCUCAAUUCUCAGCGGAAUUUUCAGCAGAAAAUUCUAUGCCAUAUCCGCAAUACGAGAAUCCUCCUCAAUUCGUGCAACCGAAUCAUUAUCCGGCUGCUGAUAUGGCGAGCAAUCAAUAUCAAUAUCAACCUGCAGCAGUUGGUCAAAUACAAGAUUCACCGGUGUACAUCCAAAACAUGCAAAGUCCAAUAAACGUAGCGGAUCAAUAUGCUCCAAGUUACGCCAGAGCAGUCAGAACCGAGUUGAUGCCACGUUUGAGAAGACCACCGAGAUUCAAUAAGUAAUGUAACGGUGUUUAUCAACGAUCCUUUUUUCUAUCGUUCUACCAAACAUUUUAUCAACGAAAACUGGAACUUGUACUGUGGAAAUGUGACUUUGGAAAUUGAUAAGACUCGACUUUGUUUUUUUUUUACGCUUCGAUAUUUAAUCCAGAUACAGUACAGGUGAUAUUCAAAAGAGUCUCUUAUAUCGAAGAGUUUUUUUUUCCUACGUAAGGUGCGACUCAUCCAUAUCGAAUUUAUUCAUACGAUCAUAUGAAUCCUUUAUAACCUCGCGUGAAAGCUGCGGUAAAAAUUAUUUCAAUUGUUGAUCCAAUCCGAAUCUGAAUCAUGGUAACAAUUGACGUGCAGAUGCCGAUAGGAUGAUCGGUAUUUGAAUGAGUUCGUAAGAAUAGGAUUUCGCAGAUUAGGCGAUCGUUUCGUUAUCAACUUGAUUGAACAAAAAUAAAUCGAAACAAUGCUAAAAUUUUCUAAUACGUAAUGAAUAAGUGACACGGCAGGGGACAGCGCUUAAAAAGUUUGACUAUAACAAUAAUGUGGCAUAAUUUAUCAUUGUUGCGGAUAUAUGCGAGCGAUGAAAAAAAUAAUAAUAAUAAAAGAAAGAAAAAAAAAAAAAAAA